AUGCGACGUCAGCUCCUCUACAAAACCUACCCACAAGGCAUACGGCAUCACCAACAUCAAAACUUAUGUCUCCCACUCAUCCUCGAUCUCUCUACCCGCAAUUACGACCUCUGGAGUGACCUUUUCAAUGCACACUGCAUUGCUUAUGGGGUUGCUGACCAUAUUGAUGAUGCACACGACCCCCCCCCCCCCCCCCCCCAAUACACCUCCUACGGACCAGGAGUGGAAGGAACUUGUUUCGACAAUCUUGUUAAACUAUGGCUCUUCGGUUCUAUCUCACAAAAACUUAUUACCUCUGCCUACUCCAUCAAUGCCACUGCCCGCAGAAUCUGGUUGAACCUACAAUCCGUCUUUUAUGAUGAUAAAGAGUCGGUGUCUAUGCAACUAGAAGUCAAGGAUUAUUGUGAAAAGAUAAAGAAGAUUACUGAUACGCUUGAGGGUCUCGUUGAAAAAGUCAAGGAUCGUAGUGUUGUACUUCAUGCAUUAAAUGGACUUCCAAGCAAGUUUGAAAGUGUUGCCAGCAUCCUCCGCUUCUCCAAACCUCUUCCCUCGUUUUCUGAGAUGCGAUCUAUCCUCCUGGUUGAAGAAUCGAGAUUAAACAGCCACCGCGUCACUCUCCUAACGCACGACAAUCACCCCUCUUCCCCUUCUCUGCUCCAUGUUGCCGAAUCUUCUUCGUCGUCGACCCGUGGAAGAGGGGGCAGAUCCUACCGGGGAAACAAUUCCCGUCGCAGUGGAGGUCGCAACAACCAACAUUGCCAGCAGCAUUUUCCCGGUCAAACCCCCUCUGGUCAGCAAUCACGCCAUACAUCACCUGGGUAG